AUGUCGAGCAAGGCCGCAUUGAAAGCUGUCCGCACAGCUUUAGACGCAAAGGACUUUGGAGCUGCUGCUGCAAAGGCCAAGGAACUUGUGCAAGAUGAUCCCCAAAAUUAUCAUGCUCACGUUUUUCUCGGACUGGCAAAUGACAAAUUGAACAAGAACGAUGAUUCGGAGAACGCCUAUAUUGCUGCUACCCGUAUUAAGGAUAGCGAUCGUACAGCGUGGCAAGGGUUGAUCAGCUUGUACGAGAAGCAAGGUGGUCAAAAGCUAGACGCCUAUCACGAAGCCGUCCUUAGGCUUGGGAAGAUAUUUGCAGAUAGUGAUGAAAAGGAACGCUGCCAGAAUGUUGUGGACAAAUAUGUAAAGCUUGCUAAGAAGAAUGGCGAUAAGUACUACAAGAAGGCAUUGGAGAUUCAUCUCCCAGACUCUCCGCUGUACGAUUUUCUUGAAGGACGUCUUCCCCACCCAUCCCAAACCUACCAGCGCCUGAUUGAGAUCACCGAAGCGGAAGAGAAAGAAUACAUCAACAAGGAGAUUGGGGAACGCAAGUUCCGUCUUGGGGCCACAAAACAGGGCACAACAGCUGAGGUCAAGCGGGAGGCAUUCCGGAAAAGUGGAUUGGAAGCCUUGUACAAAGGCAUCAUUGAUUGGACGAAUGACGAUGUCGUCCGACGUCAGUAUGAGGAGAAAGUCCUCGAGCGCGCCUAUGAAGAGCUUGAAGUCUUAGCUGCCGGCAAGAAACCCGCCAAAAAGAAGGAAGUUUAUCGCCUAGCCGAAGAUAUGGUGACCAUAAAGCAUCCGUUCGAGCUGGCAUGGACGAUUGUACUCGAAUGGAAGGAUGUUGAGAAUUACUCGGAAUGGGAUGUCAAUGUCUUGCGCGAGUUCAUUGAGUUCUUCCCCGACUCCGGACUUUCUAAAAUCCUCAAGGGGUUUCUGACCAGCGAGUUGAGUCCAUUUCCUCCGGAAGAGCCGAGUGAUGACGACCAAGAAAACAACGCUUCUACCAAGGACGCUGAAACAGCGACUGAGGCUAUCGAGUUAGCUGCUCAAGACCGACUGAUAUUGAUGGCUGAGGGCCUUGACAACGCUCGUUCAUCGAUCAUUGCCCACCGGAUUAUGUCCGACCUCUACCUCUCGCUCGACGAGUACGAGAGCGUAGUAGAGGUUGCACGGAAAGGGUUGGAAAACGUGGAGGAGUUUGUUGGAAAGACCGCUGGCAAGGCACCCAACACUAUUGAUUCAUUGAACCUCAGCCUUGCCAACGCAUUGAUUCAUUACCAGUCCCCUCGGCAUCACCCGGAAGCUAAGGCAAUCUUCGACGCCAUUCUCCAAAGAAAACCGAAGUCUACCAUUUCUCUUCUCGGAGUUGGUCUGAUUCUGAAAGUGGAUGAGGACUAUAAAGAUGCUGUCACUUUCUUGGAGCGGGCUUUAGAACGUGAUUCUUCUAAUCUCAAAGUGCGAGGCGAGCUGUUUUGGUGCAAGGCCUUGAGCGGUGACUUGGAUGCCGGGAUUGAAGGUCUCCAGGAUGCUCUCGCAACACUGGAUGAAUUGGAUCCAAAAAACAGAAUUUUCAAGUCCGAAUUACUCUAUCGCAUCGGUUAUUGUCAAUGGGAAUUAGAUACUUCUUCCGCUGCCAGGAAGAAUCGGAAUGGCGCUUAUGCAAACUUCCUCGCGUCGAUCAAGGCCAAUAUGAACUAUGCCCCGGCAUAUACCAGUCUGGGCUUCUACUACGCAGAUUACAAGAAGGACAAGACCAGGGCACGCCGAUGUUUCCACAAAGCAUUUGAAUUGUCCUCGUCGGAGGUGGAGGCAGCUGAACGUCUUGCAAGAGGAUUUGCGGAUCAACAAGAAUGGGACCUCGUUGAAGCUAUCUCGCAGCGAGUAGUCGAAUCGGGUAAGGUCAAGCCUACCCCCGGUUCCAAGCGACGGGGUUACAGCUGGCCAUAUGCCGCACUUGGAACGGUCCAAAUCAACAAGCAACAAUACAGCAAGAGUAUUGUCUCGUUUCAAGCAGCCCUGCGAAUUACACCUGGUGAUUAUCACUCCUGGGUCGGUCUCGCAGAAAGUUACCAUCAUUCCGGCCGAUAUAUUGCCGCCACCAAGGCCUUCGAACAUGCAAAAUACCUGGAGUCUAACCUAUCGGAAGGAGAAAGAGACAAUAUCUGGUUUGCGCGAUAUAUGCUAGCCAACGUGCGGCGAGAACUUGGAGAGUAUGAAGAUGCUAUUACAAGCUACGAGGACAUAUUGAGCACCCGACCGAAUGAUAUCGGUGUUACCAUUGCGCUUCUUCAAACAUUGUGCGAAAGCUCAUGGAAGAGCCUGGCCUCAGGAUUAUUCAACACUGCCGCGGAGCUUGCAUGCAAAGUCAUUCAAGUAUCUUCGGCACUUGUCGCUGUCCGGAGUGACAUAUUUAAUCUCUGGAAGGCUGUUGGGGAUUCAUGUGCAAAUCUCUCUUAUAUCAAGAAGAAAAUUGACAAGAUGUCAGCUUCAGAUUGCAAGGCCUUGCUGCUCACUGAGCUAGACCCAAUAUCCAUUGACCUUAUGACCGACGUGGAUGGCAUAGGGUCGAGCUGGCUUAACUCAAGCGACAGUGAUAAUAUGUCAUCUGAUUUCUGUGUAUACAUGGCAAUUUUGGCGUACAAGCGUGCAAUCCAUGUUGCUGUGCAUGAUACACAUGCUCAGGCAGUCGCUUGGUAUAACCUGGGCUGGGCCGAAUAUCGCGCACACCGUAGCGUGCAAACCGGCUCGAGCCACACGGGGACGAAGCCCCGCAAAUUCCUCAAAGCCUCGAUGCGGUGCUUCAAGCGAGCUAUUGAGCUGGAAGCUGGCAACUCCGAGUUCUGGAAUGCGCUGGGCGUGGUGACCACGAGCAUGAGCCCUAGGGUUGCGCAGCAUGCCUUUGUGCGAAGCUUGCACCUCAACGAUCGAAGUGCACAGGUCUGGACCAACCUUGGAGCGCUCUACCUCCUCCACAAUGACAUUCAGCUUGCCAAUGACUCGUUCACGCGUGCCCAGUCUACGGAUCCUGAUUAUCCCGCUGCUUGGGUUGGACAGGGCUUCCUUGCCCUUCUUUACGGGGAUGCCAAGGAGGCACGAGGUCUAUUUGAGCAUGCAUUCGAUAUAUCUAACUCGUCUGAUGUUCUUCCCAAACGUCAAUACACUCUCACGCUGUUCGAUCAUCUCCUUUCUGACCCCUUAGCUUCCAACGAAGUGUCUCAGCUCAUACAGCCUUUUUUCGCCCUUCACCAAUUAUGCUCACAAGAUCCAUCAGACCUGCCGUUUAUGCACCUGUCUGCGUUACUGGCUGAGAGGAUGGGCGAGGUUGCUGAUGCUGAGUCCAGCCUGGAGGUUGUUUGCGCCGGCAUGGAAACCGUAUUCGAAGAGACAGAAUCCCCUGUCUCUCUCUUGCGAUAUGCACAGGCCACCGCAGAUAUGGCUCGCGUUAUUCUCGCGAACGGCCAAUUCGAGGAAGCCGCCGAGAAGGCGGAGACUGCAUUGACGCUCUCAGGGGAGGAAGAUGCAGAGAAGUUUGAUCCUGAGGCAUGCGGUAAACUUCGCCUGUCAGCACACCUUACUGCAGGUCUGGCACACUAUUAUAUGAAGUCAAUGGACCAGGCCAUUGAUAUGUUCCGUGACGCUCUUCAAGAAGCCGAUAGCGCACCAGACGUGGUAUGUCUCUUGGCUCAAGUUCUGUGGGCUAAAGGGGGCGAAGAGGAAAGGUCCGUGGCUCGCCAACAACUUUUUGACUGCGUGGAGAAUCAUCCAGAACACGUUGGAGCUGUCACUCUUCUGGGGGCCAUUGCUCUCUUGGAUGCUGAUAAGGACGCCAUUGAGGCCGUGGAAUCCGAUCUCCAUACCAUGAUUACACGAGAAGACAUCGACAUCCACGAUCGAGCUAAACUUAUCAAGCUUCUGAGCGCCAUCUCAACCAUGGGUUUCACGGAAGACGCCAAUCUUCCUGAAGAAAUUCGGCAAAGGGGCGAGGCUACUGCAGCCGUGAUGCUGGGGCCAGGUCAGCCACAGGGCUGGAUGGAGCUGUCUGCUGUCUCAGAUGACCAAUACCCAUCUGAGAUGGCGGUUGAUCGAGCGCUCCGCUGCGUGCCGCCCUAUGGAAACCUUGACGCCUCGGAUCUCAGCCAAGCUUAUGCACAAACCGGCAAGCUAGGUGAUGCAUACCGGGCUAUCAUGGCUGCGCCAUGGAGGAGUGAAGGCUGGAAGGAGUUGGAACACGGCGUAUCUGGUCUAGUGGCUUAG